AUGACCGGUGCCCGGUGGAUUUUGGUGCCAUUGCCUCGCGUCGGCAUGCGCGUGGUUGUGGUCGGGGCCGGGGCCGGGGCCGGGGCCGGGGCCCGGGCCCGGGCCGGCCAAGCGGCCCUCCCCAUGCCAGUGGCGCUGGCCCGGGGAUCGAGCCCCGUGUCACCGGCUGAUGCCUUUGGUCGGGAGGCACCGACAAGCACGCGUGCCCGUCGGCAACUUGUGCCACGCUGA